AUGGUAGCCCCCAUCAUCCCUGUGAUCAUAGCGUCCAUUGGUACCAUGUUUACUGGGAUUUGCGCUUGGUUCAGUGAACAGUCCCAUGAUCUGGCGCACGAGGCACUGGUGGAGACGAAGGCGAAGGCAACGGAAGACUGGGACAAAAACGUUUGCGACCUGACUUAUAGUACCGCUUUGGGUGGCAACGAAUUCUACGGCUAUUCCUAUGAAGCAAGGGGCGAUCACUUAGACUGCACGGAUCUGCCAGAGAGAAAGGUUAUGGAGAAGAGGGUCGAGUCUUACGCUAAAACUUGGGACUGGCGUGGCCUUCCUUAUGGCUGCCGCGAAAAAACGAUGGGGAAGGCCUAUUGGGAAAUUCGGAUCAGCAACGAUACAGAGCUGCACCCUAUCGCCAACAUCACCUGCUAG